CCUUGUUCCUUUGGGCGAGGCGUGGCACUAUUCGCGGAGCUCGAUUCAAGUAUUUUGAGUAGGGGCGUCCUCACUGACUCGCGUAGUCCCCCUUGACAAGUCUGUAAUGUUUUUCCGUGGGAGUUGUUGUGCGUGAAUGACUUGAUCGCUUUUUCGGAUAUGUAAACGUAGCGGGGCCAAACGGCGUAAUUUUCGAAGGGUGAGGUCACGAAGUAUUUUUACCAUGGGGCUUGGAAAGAUGAAAGGAUCCCUGAUUUUCCUUGCUGCUGCAGUGUUACAAGCAUCUGCUCUUGUCCAAUCUCCACCCAGAAUAGUAAAACAGCCUCCCACAGAUGAGUUACUGUUUCAAGUUGUGACACAACAAAAUGAAAACGAUAAACCUUUCAUCAUUGAAUGUGAGGCUGAGGGAGAGCCUGCACCAAAGUAUCGAUGGAUCAAAAACGGCAAACCUUUUGAAUGGCAAGCAUAUGAUGACCGUAUGUCUCAGCAACCAGGAAGAGGUACCCUAGUUAUUACAUCUCCUCGAGAUGAAGAUUUGGGACAGUACCAGUGCUUUGCUGAAAACGAGUGGGGUACUGCUACCUCCAACUCUGUGUUUGUUCGCAAAGCUGAGCUCAAUUCAUUUAAGGAUGAGCCUACGAAGACCCUCAGUGUCACGGAAGGAGAGCCUUUCCAUCUCACUUGCCAACCGCCUGAUGGAUGGCCCAAACCGAAUGUUUACUGGCUUAUUCAGAAUUCUGAUGGUGUUAUCAAAAGCAUCAAUAACUCUCGAAUGACUCUCGACCCUGAAGGAAACUUGUGGUUUUCCAAUGUUACUCGUCAUGAUGCAAGCGAUGAGUUUGCUUAUGCGUGUGCUGCCACUUCUGUUUUCAGGAAUGAAUACAAGUUGGGCAACAGAGUACUGCUGAAUGUCCUGGCUACAGGUGUAUCAUCAGCUCAAAAUAAGCAUGAACCUGUCAGACAAUAUGUGUCAAGAAAAAAUGAAGUUGCUUGGAGAGGGAAGAAAGUAGAGAUGUUUUGUAUAUUUGGUGGAACGCCUCUUCCACAAAUAGUAUGGAGUAAAGAUGGAAGGCAAAUACAGCCUUCGGACAGAGUUACCCAAGGCCACUAUGGAAAAAGUUUAAUCAUAAAACAUUUAACUUUUGAAGAUGAGGGUGCAUACACCUGUGAGGCCAGUAAUGGUGUUGGAUCAGCAAAAACUUAUUCCAUUAACUUACAAGUACUUGCUGUUCCAUACUUCACUGUGGAGCCAGAUGUGAAAAAUGCUGCUGAAGAUGAAACUGUGACAUUCCGCUGUGAGGCCUCUGGUGUCCCUGAGCCUGAAAUCAAAUGGAUCCAUAAUGGAAGACCUAUCAGCGAGGCUCCCCCCAAUCCUCGAAGAAAGGUUACUCCUAACAGCAUCACAAUUGAAAAACUAACCAAGAAGGACACUGGAAACUACGGUUGCAACGCCACAAAUAGUUUGGGCUAUGUCUACAAGGAUGUCUAUGUUAACGUGCUUGCCUUAGCUCCAGAAAUAACUGACCCACCAAAGGAUGAGGCCACUGUAGACGGACGCACAGUUUCUUUGACUUGCCGAGUAUUUGGUGCUCCCAAACCAGAAGUGAAAUGGAUCAGAGGAGGCUUGGAAUUGACUGGAGGCCGAUACUCUGUCAAGGAAAGUGGUGAUCUCGAAAUCAGGGAUGUAAAUUUCCUGGAUGCUGGAGACUACACCUGUCAUGCGACCAACAAAUUCGGUCAUGCUGAGAAUACUGGCAGUCUGGCAGUAAAAGAACAUACCCGCAUCACUAAUAGACCUGAAGACUAUGAAGUUGCUGCUGGUAGCACAGCCACUUUCAGGUGUAAUGCUGUGUCAGACUCUUCUCUUCCUCUCCAAAUAGACUGGUUGAACAAUGGGCAGCCCAUUGACUUUGAUUCAGAGCCCCGCUUUGUCAGGUCCUCUGAUUUCUCCCUUAUAAUCACCAAAACCACUGAACUUGACUCUGGACAAUACACCUGUUUGGCAAGCACUGAUCUGGAUGAAGACAGGGCAUCAGCGACCCUGACAGUACAAGAUGUUCCUAAUGCACCUCGUUUGAAGGAUUCCAUUGUUUGCAACCAGAGGGAUGCCGCUCUUUCUUGGCAGCCAACGGGUGACAAUCGUGCUCCAAUUCUGCGCUAUACCAUUCAGUACAAUACCAGCUUCACUCCAGAUACAUGGGAGGUUGCAUUUGAGUCUGUCCCUUCCACGGAUAUGACCUACACUGUUGCUAUGAGCCCAUGGGCCAACUAUACCUUCCGAAUUGUUGCCUGGAACAAAAUUGGUCCAUCCGUUCCAUCUGCACACUCGGCAGUGUGCACUACUUUACCUGAUGUGCCUUAUAAAAACCCUGACAAUGUGGAGGGAAAAGGAACAGAACCUAAUAAUCUCGUUAUCACAUGGACUCCAAUGCCGGAAAUUGAGCACAACGCUCCUCGCUUCAUGUACAGAGUUUACUGGAAGCGCAAUAUUCCUGGUGAAACAUGGAAUUCAGAUGAUAUCAAUGAUUGGCAUCGGAAUCACCUUAUCAUCCGAAAUCAGCCGACUUUCCAAGAGUAUCUCAUAAAGGUAGUGGCAAUCAAUGGAAAAGGUGAAGCAAAUGUAGCUCCUAAAGAAGUCAUUGGUUACUCCGGUGAAGAUGUGCCACUCCAAGCGCCUCAGAAUUUUACCAUUGAAGAAGUCACUUCUGCUACAAGUGCCAUGCUCAGCUGGAACAGUGUACCUCCAGAAUCAGUCAGAGGUCAUUUCAGGGGAUACAAAAUUCAAACCUGGACAGAAGGAGAUGGUCCUGAAAAAAUGAGGGAAAUUCUUGUGAAGGGUGACAUUCACCGUGCUAUGGUGACAAAGUUUGUGGCUCACUCCAAGAACUUUGCCCGUGUUCUUGUUCACAACGAUCGUUUCAAUGGACCUCCUAGUGACACGCUCAGCUUUGACACUCCUGAAGGAGUCCCAGGAACUGUUACAUCAUUUGAGGCUCUUCCCAUGGGAUCAUCUGCACUGUACCUUAUCUGGAAAAAGCCUGAGCAUGAAAAUGGAAUUCUUACUGGCUAUAAAAUCUAUUACCAAGUGGUGAAAGGUACCAAAGUUGGCACUUUAAUGGAGCGUGAACCUCACAUUCAUGAUCCUAAAGCUACUAGAGCUAAGCUUGCUGGCUUGGAGCCAAACACCAAAUAUCGAAUUCACAUCAAGGGUACAACUCGAGCUGGAGAGGGAGAAGGAUUCUUCAUUGAACAAAAAACAAGGGGAUCUGAUUCAAUUCCUCCGGACACACCAUCUUUCAAGUGGCAUAGGAUGCCGUCUGAUAAUGGCUAUGCCAAAAUACGAGUAACUUGGAUGCCCAAUUUGGAUGGAAGACCAGGAUCUCACUUCUUUGUCAAGUACAAGCUUCGAGGUGAGACUAUUUAUGAAGAAACUCCAGCUGAAACAAAUGAAGACUUCAUUAUAUUAAGUGGUCUUAGACCUGGGGAAGUAUAUGAGGUGAAAGUAGUUGCAGUUGAUGGUGAAUUUAACACUGAGAGUCAUUCUGAAGAUGUUGAAACCUUCAGUGUCGAAGGGCCAAUUAUUCAGCCUAAAGAGAAUGUGGCCACAGCUGGAUGGUUUAUUGGUAUGAUGUUGGCUAUUGCCUUCCUUCUCCUCGUUCUAAUAAUUGUUUGUAUAAUAAAGAGAAAUAGGGGUGGAAAAUAUGCUGUUCACGAAAGAGAAGCUGCUCAUGGAAGGCAUGAUUACCCAGAAGAACCUGGUUUUCAUGAAUAUUCCCAACCGCUGGACAACAAGUCGCACGGCCGAGGGUCUAUGGGGAGCGACUUAAAACAUGAACCUGAGAGUGAUGCAGAUUCCAUGGCAGAAUAUGGUGAUGGAGACACAGAAGGCAUGAACGAGGAUGGCUCAUUCAUCGGUCAGUAUGGUCGGAAACAGCGUCAAGGUGAAACAUCAUCAGCAGGUUUCGCCACUCUUGUGUAAUCCAGGACGGUUCACUGAAGAUGGUUCAUUUAUUGGCCUGUAUGGGCCUGGUUCAAAGAAACGGCCUCAAUCAGAGCAGCCUUCACCAUCAGCCAUUGCCACAUAUGUUUAGUGCACUCUGGUGGGUACAGUCUCAUUCAAAAGGAGGAGAGACUUAGUUGCUGCAACCAAGCCUACAUUUGUAUAAGUAAAGGAUUUUAGGUUACUGGCACUCUUCUGUUUCAUCCUACUUUUGAAGGUUUUUAUUUUCUUUUGUUUUAUUGUUGUAAAUCUUGGACUGAUUAACUUCCAUAAAGAAGAUAGGAAACAUCUUACUUUUUAUGGGAAUCAAUGACAUAAGUAUUUUCUUACCUUUAAAAGUGAGUUGUCAUAUUCCUUUUUUAAAAUAAAUCAUGCACUUAGAAUCUCAAGGCAACUCACCUAGCAUUUUUGUUCAAAUGCCAUCUGUUUUUGUUGGGAGGACAUUUGUCAUUUAAUAGUAUUAAUGAGAAAAGCAGCUUUCAGUAAGCUUGGGUAGUUAUAUGAACUAUUUAAGAAGCUUUUAUUAGCAAGAGUGUCAGUAUAAAUGAAUGAAUGUGUGAGUGCUUUUAAAGUUUUUUAUUUCUUUUGAAACCAUGAACUCAAUUCGUUGUUUUCUUUCUUUUUUUUAUAUAAAUUAUUAUUUUUAUUUUAUGAGGUGUGACUGCCUCAAGAAAUGUAUGUGUAUAAACAAAUCACACUAUGUGAUGCCUUCUUCAUAUUUUAUUUGUACAGAUUGUUUUGUAGUGCAACUUUUAUCAACAUAGUUUUUGUUGAAAUUGUGACAAAUGUGAUUUCAAACAAUGUGUGAACCUGGCCAUCAGCUAAGUAGGGUCAAUUAUUAUAAAACUGGAGGAGUUUGGGUUGGGCAUAUUGAAUAUCUAGAUGCUGAGACAGACGCAAUAUAUUCCUGUUGAUAUAACUUCAGGAAAAGAGAGUUGUAUUUUAAUUAUGAAAAAGAUAUUUCUCUAUAUCAUGUAACUUCAUCACAUGUAGACAAAUACUGGUGAUGUUGCUAUAAGUACUGAUGUAGAUUUAUGUACUUUACUGGUCCAUGGCAUAUCUUGCACAGCUUUCUAUUUCUGUGAAAUUUCCCUCAAGACUUAAAUUGGAAUUUGACUCUUGACAAUACUUAAUUAUGUAUUUAACUAAUCUUGUCUUCAGUAGAAAUACCCUGCACAGUUUGUGUUAAUGCUUUAUUGUUCAAAUCGCGUCUUCUGUGCUCUUUUCAAUGCCCUUCUCCCUAUGUGAUGGUGUGUUAAUAACAUGUAUGGUUUACCUGUUAGCAAACAUCUAGGACAGGAUUUAAGGGAAGUUUUGUUUUCCCUUUAGGCAGCUAGCUUUUUCUGCCCCCACAGGGUCUAAAAGGGUAACAGUGUCUUAAUUUUCAUUUCUGUUGAGUGGUGUAUGAGAUCUGGUGAAUUGUGUGUUCUUAGUGGAAGUGUGAGGCUUGCAUUCAGGGUCUCGCAUCUGUGAUGGUUUAUAUCAGAAACACAAAAUUAACUUUCAGUUUGGCAAUAUAAUGUUAAGUGUUCUUUGCUAUCCAAGUUGUGAUGUAGGUUUUCUAGCUUUUCAAUUCCAGGGGAAAUGGUUGUUAACUAGGAGGUCUGAGUCUCACAUUUUGUUUUGCUGUGUUAUUGUGAAGCACACAAUCUCCAGCUUCCAAAAGGCUUUGUCCCUUUAGGACCGUAAAAAUUUUGUUUUUGUAAGUUGUAGUCUGGGUGCUGUUUUUUUCCCUUAUUCAAAAAUUUUCCUGUGUAUAAAUACCGUGACAAUGAAGGAUGUGAGUAAGAAGCUUAUUGCUCUCCCUAAGAUAUGCACUAUGUUAUGUUAUGUUAGUUUGUAAUUGCACUGUAGUGUUGGAUCAUGAAAUGUUAACUGUCGCCUUUCCGCACCUGGCACUUUGUCUUUGCUAUAUAAAAUAUAUUGAUUGUCUUUAUUGCAUAUAAUUUGUUGAUUGUACAGUAUAAUUGCUAAGCUUCUUCUGUAUAUGAGGUAAUAUGUGUAAAGUAUACUGAUGGAAUUGCAGUAUUUUGUUGAAGAUUUAUCUUUUCAUCUUCCUAAACAAAGCUUAUGAUCAAACCUGCGAUAUAGCUUGCUUUUUUAUUUCAAAUGAACCUGUGUGAUUGUGAUCCAACAGGUUUGUUCAAUAUAUAAGUUAAACUCUUUAUGAACUGCCAUCAUGUAAUUUACAUGACCUCAUAAUUGAAUCUCAAUGCAUGCCAUGAAAUGCAGACAGGCCCUGCGAUUAACCAAUAUAUUGUUGGCCUGUUACCAAAUUCAAGUUGCCUUCUGUAGGCUGAACUGGUUGGCAAGUGUACAAAGGGUAGAGAAGUUUGAAAAUGUUCACAUUUAUGCUUUGCUUUCCAAAACUGAAUGUUGUCUUACACACUGUGUGCUUAACAACGGUAUCUGUCUUAUAUUUUCACUUGUUUUACUGGAACAUCUUUUGAGAAAACUUAAUUUUGGUCAUAACACUAUGGAACGAUCAGAUCUGUUUUCUGCCCAAUGCAAUGUGUUGUGUUUAAAAGAGGCUCCAGUUGUGAGAACCCCCAUGUGUUCAUUCUCUUUCGUUAUGUUUUUGGCUUGUAUCAUGUUGUCGUUUGAUAUAGAGUAAAAUUGCUUUGUUGUUCAUUUAAGAACUACGUUGUAGCAGUGAGUGCAAAGUCCUUGAAACUUACACAUGUUGUGUAUUUGAAUAUCAUCUGUCUUAAAUUUUGACUUCUGCUUAUUGAAAUUGCUUAAUGUUGCUUUUAAAGCUUUUUCUUUUUCUUCUUUUCAAUAUUGUUGUUGAUGUUGUGUGUCCCCUUGUAACAGCACAAGUGCCUUAGGUUAGGCAUUAUGUACAGUGCACCAUAAGGUUUAAAAGACAUUUAUUGACUGAAGCAAAGGCAUUGGUUAACGUAAUCUUGCCCCUUCCAAUUGUGGGUCAAUGCUUUGAUAUAAUGUAAAAAUUUAGAAAGCCUGAUUUGCUGGUAUUUUUAUUUUUAUACUUUUGGAUUGAUUGGCUUUACCAGUAAUAACUUUAUGUAAACAAUGGUCGCACUUAGCCUUUGCCUAUAUUUUGUGUUAAAAUUGAUAAAUAUACACUUUGCCGUACUCUUUUGAAGACUUAAACUGUCCCAUGUGGAUUAAUGUAAUUGUGUGCUUUCAUUUAAAUUGGGGAAUAAUGCUCCUUGCCCUUCAAAACAGGCCAGUCGCAAGGUACAUACACAAGUGUAUCAUUAUUGAGAUGAUUUUUUGCAUUUCUCUGUUAAGUUCUGCAGGUUUGUGCAUGUUUGUAUUAUCCGUCUCCAAGAUCUCUGACAUAUUUUUUUUUUUAAUCUUAUGUUUAUUUUUUGUAGUGGUAAAUCAUUUUGAUGUGUUCAUGCUGGUGAGCAUUUGUAUGUGUUUGACAACUGCUUUUGUUUGUUUCACAAAAAUCUUGUUCAGUGGUUGGGCUUAUUCAACUUGACUUGCUGGUGUCAGACACCAACUAAAAGUACAGUAAAUUAAAUUUCACUACCAAAUUUCUUGUAACAUCACAUGUUUUAUGAACUUGUUCAUUGUUUUGUCUCUUAAUAUUUUAUCACUUUGAGAAGGCCCAACCAUUAUGUUUGUUUCUUGUUUGUAUGCUUCCGUCUUUAACAUUCCUUGCCUUACUACUAUUUAAAAUUUAUGUGGGAGACAGUCUAGUGAAUAACAGUUAUGAUUGAUUUAUUAUUUAGUGUAGGUUUUAGUUUUUCCUUGACUUAUUGAGGAACAGAACCUCUCAAUUCUACUUAACGGCCAAAUAUUGGGCCUCCUUUAUUUUCUCUACUCUUCCCUCCCCUUGUUUAAUAGCUAAGAUGGACUUUUAAUGGAUCUAUGUUCUUUGUCUGAGUUAAAAGCUAUAUUUAUCAUUAUUUUGUCUCCUGCGAUAUCACUAUUGUGCAAUAUUUGUAAUAAUUGUGUCUGCCAUGCUCUUGACCAAAUUAAAAAUUCAUCCCUGAAUGUAUUAGCACUAAUUGUGUGAAUGUAUGAUGUGACAGGUAUGUGAAAUGUAGGCUGCUGGGCCUGAUUAAUGCAAGCAAAAAUCUACUUGUAGAUAUUUUUUUUAUGUUUUUCAGCCAAAGUUGAACUUGAAAAAUAAACAGAUGGUAAAUCUUUGCA